AUGGCCAGCAAGUCUGACGAGUAUGACCGCAAGGUCGCACAAGAGACCGGCCACGAGACACCCCAUCCUCUUCCAGGCUACACAGACGAGAAUGUCAGCGUGCAGGCAGACCAAGCCUUCGUCUACGAUGACAGUCAGAAGCUGGGUUACACGGCGACCGUUUUUGUCAUCUUGAACAAGAUGAUCGGCACUGGAAUCUUCUCCACGCCGUCGGGCAUCUUCGCGGUCUCUGGCUCUGUCGGUGUUUCGCUCUUUCUGUGGAUUAUCGGCGGCAUUCUCACGCUCGCUGGUCUGUCGGUCUUCAUCGAGUUUGGCCUUGCUAUUCCACGCUCCGGUGGCGAGAAAAACUACCUGGAGCGUGUCUACCGUCACCCCAGAUAUGUUGCGACGUGCGUUCUCGCCGCACAGAUGCUGCUGCUUGGUUUCUCAUCAGGUAACGCUCUGGCUUUCGGACGCUACUGCCUGUUGGCUUCCGGCAGCACGGUCGACGGGUGGGUCGCACGUGGCAUUGCCAUUGCGUGCAUCACCUUCUCCGUGAUAUUGCACUCUGUUGCGCCGAAGUGGGGCAUCCGAUUGUUCAACGUUCUGGGCGUGUUUAAGGUCUUUAUCCUACUUUUCAUCGUAUUCUCCGGAUUUGCAGCUCUAGCAGGACAUCGGAGGGUCCCCAACCCGCACAACUUCGAUAAUGCGUUCACAUUCCACGAAGGUGAAGGUUACGGUGGAGGCGGUGCCUACGAGUACUGCCAGGCGCUACUCCGCAUCAUCUACUCCUACAAAGGAUGGGAGAACGCCAACUACGUGCUCGGCGAGAUCAGGAAUCCCAAGAAAACGCUCACGUGGGCUGCGCCUCUUGCGGUUGGCGGCACCACGAUCUUGUACGUUCUUGCAAAUGUUGCGUACUUUGCCGCCAUCUCGAAGGAAGACCUCGCGGGCAGUGAAGCCAUUGUGGCGGGUGUCUUCUUCCGCAACGUCUUCGGUGACAGUGCUGGCGCCCGCAGUCUGCCUGUUUUCGUAGCUUUCAGUAAUCUAGGCAACGUGCUCGCAGUCAGCUUCGCGCAUUCUCGUCUUAACCAAGAAUUCGCCAAGGAGGGCCUUCUGCCAUACAGCAAGUUCUGGGCCUCUAUCAAGCCUUUCGGCGCUCCAGCGCCAGCUCUCUUCCUCCACUGGCUCAUCACAGUCAUCGUCCUUGUCGCCCCUCCCGCCGGACCCGCCUACAACUUCAUCACCGAUCUCUACACCUACCCCGGCGCGUGGAUCAACGGCUUCGUCACAGCUGGUCUCAUCUACCUCCACUACAACAAAAAGGAGCACUGGGAGUCUCCAUGGCACACGUACCUACCAGUCGCAAUUCUGUACCUUGCUGCGAACAUAUUCCUGGCCCUUGUGCCCUUCAUUCCGCCAAGUGGCCCGUGGAACGCAGAUGGCUACCCGUACUAUGUCUUCCCGAUUGUUGGUGUCAGCGUGCUGCUGCUUGGCGUGUUCUACUGGUUUUGCUGGACCAAGGUGUGGCCCCGACUCGGCGGGUACAAGAUCGAGGCGCAGAGACGCGAGGACGCACAGGGGAUUGAACACGUACGAUACGUCAGAGUAUACCACAAGAAGGAAUGA